ACAGGGGACUUUUAUUCUAUAUCCGGUUUGACUGCGGCUCUGUUAGCGGCUGCUAAUGUGAAGCGAUGGCGGAGAACACCGUUACAGUGACGGUUGCCUACGGCGCUUCAAAGCACAGUCUGACACUGACAGGUCAGGAUGGAGCAGAGCCCUGUCUCAAGGACCUGUCUGAAGCUUUGACUGAGGCAACAGGUGUACCUUCAGCUUCACAGAAAAUCAUUUUUAAAGGAAAGUCCUUGAAGGAGAUGGAGGAAAGUCUCUCCAGCUUUGGGAUAAAACAAGGAAGUAAACUUAUGAUGAUUGGGAAAAGGAAUAGUCCAGAAGAGGAGGCAGAGCUGAAGAAGCUCAAAGACAUCGAGAAGUCUGUGGAGCAGACAGCCAAGAAGCUGGAAAAAGUGGAUGGAGAACUGACAGGACUGAAGAAUGGUUUCUUAGCGAAGGAUUUGCAGGCUGAAGCUCUUAACAAACUGGAUCACAAAGUGAAGGUUGCUGCUGAGCAGUUCAUGAAGAUUCUGGAACAGAUUGAUGCCUUGAACGUGCCAGAGAAUUUCAGUGACUGUAGGAUGAAGAAAAAGGGACUUGUAAAAACUGUUCAGGGAUUCCUAGCUCAGUGUGACAAGAUCGAAGCUGGUAUAUCGGAUCAUCUGGCGAAGAUUCAGACCAAAAACUUAGCCCUAGCAGAAUAGCAAGGAGCUCACUCCUUACAUCACCGGUUACUGUAAGAGUUGCUCUGUGAGCAGCCGAAGAACCAUCACAGCAGGCUUCAGUACUGGAGCAAGUGUAGCAGCGUUUAUAUAUGCCUCAUGUCCGAUCUUGGGCAGUCCAAAAACUUGCAGUGAGUUGAGGUUUGUAAUGUCGGAUGCAUACAGCAGUCUCAGCUCUGGUUCGCUGCAGUGCUGUAGUUCAGUUCAGGCCUCAUUUUACAGCCUAUGGGCCAGUUUCCCACACUCAGAUUAAGUCUAAAUUCGUGCUGGCAGCUCUGCAGUUUAGUCCAAGACUAGGCUUAAUCCAUGUCCUGGAAACCAGCCCUAAGGACCAGAAUUUAACAACCCAGAGUCUGGGGAUUACAAAUUUUACGGGUUUGGCGUCUGCCUAAGUGAGAACUGAUGCCUAAUUUUAUUUGUUAGAUAUGACUGCUUACUAAUUUGGCUCAUCAGGAGUAAAUACACAGUAUGUGGUGCUUAAGUUGUCUCAGAUCUCGCUGUAUGGAAUUGUCCAAACUCUUAAAGGAGAAUUCUGGUGUGAAAUGGACUUUGGGUUUAGUAAAACGUGAUAAAAAGUACUUAUUUUUGAUGAAUAGCCUACCUCCACUCUUCUGCUGCUUUCUAAGAUCCAGUAUUUUUUUUUUUUUGCACUUUGCCCAAACAGGCUUUAGAAUGAGUGAUAUGGGGAAUGCCUUGCGCCUGCAGAUAAAUUGCUUUUUUCUACCAAUAUCCAGGUUUAAAGUAGCUCCACACUUCAUUGGUAGAAUCCAGAGAGCCCUGAUAUUUAAAACGAGGCAUUACGAACUUUAAACCUUUAAAGCCACUGUUUACAUCCCAUAGCAUAGGUAAAUCUCCAGGGGCCACCAACUUAAAUUUAAGUCACAAUAAAUCAACCAUCGUUCAUGAAUAGUAAAACCUUUUGAGCAGUGUUUGUCAUUUUUUGUUGGUGCUUUGCAUUCUAAUAUCGACAGUAACCAGAUUUUUUUUUUAACAACAACUGGAAUUCAUGCAUUUCUAAGGAUCUGAUUUUGCAAUCUGCUCAACUACCCUACCUAUUCGUUCGUGCUCUUCGCUCGUGACUUCUUGUGACUUAAAUUUAAGAUGGCAGCACCCAGAGAUUUACCUUCACUUUGGGAUGCAAACAGUGGCUUUUAAUAAACUUCUUGUGCAGUUUUAAAGUCCUAAAUGCCUAGUUUUAAAUGUCAGGGCUCUCCAGAUUCUGCCAGUGAAGUGUGGAGCUACUUUGAGCCUGGAUAACGGUGGAAAAAGCGAUUUAUCUUCAGGGGCAAGACAUGCACCGUAUCAUCCAUUGUAAAUGCCUGUUUGGGCAAAGUGCACAAAAUACUAGAUCUCAGAAAGCUGCAGGAGAGCAGGGGAGGUCUGUUCAACAAAGUUAAGUACUUUUUAUCACUUUUUAAUUCACCCAAAAUCCGCUUUACACCGGAGUUCUCCUUUAAGGACAGUUUCCCAGACAGGGAUUAAGCCUAGUCUUGGGGGAAAAAAAGCAUUUUGAUGACUAGGCUUAAUCCCAGUCUGGGAAAACUGACCCAUAAUCCUACAUUUUGCUGGUCCAUUUAAAAUCCCAUUUACAUGUACACUUUUGCACACAUUCAUCACACUCACAAUCCAAAACCAUACAACACAAAACAACACAGUUAUUAUUACCUCUGCUCUAUUAUAUUUAUGAGUACAGCUGGACAAUACUGUCUGCUGUGGUUGUAUAACAGGCUUAAAUCUCAACAUGUUUAAUGUGUGUGUGUGUGGGUGGGAGUGUUCUUAGCUUGUAAUGUGCUGACGAAGUCCUUAAAAACAGGGCUUGAAUCUGAACUACGUAACAUCAGAUGUUAUUCUCCCCUCAUUAUGGAAUCAAGUGUUUAUGUGCAGUAUUUUGCUGUGGAAAUAAAAUAUCUGUGAUUUUA